AUGGACUCCAUCUCCCCCCACCCCAGCGGCAGCGACACAGAGAGCGCAUCCAGCAUCCCCGCGCCCCAAAAACAACUGAAAGGACAAUCAAUUUUCCCCCUCGCCCACCCUCCCCCAAAACCCACGCAACGCCUCCGCCUCACCCCCAAACUCCUCCUCCAAAUCCAACACCUCUCCCCAACUUCUACCCGGCCCCUCCCCGUCCUCGAAGCCUGGCAGCCGUCGCGCUUCGCAGCCCGGCCGUGCGCGAAUCUUCCCAAGCUCCACGCGGGUGAUAUAUAUAUCACACAGAGCGAGGCCUACACCUCGUUAUCUGGCGAUAACCACAAUCACAACUUAGCCUCUGGCUCGGACUCAGAGGCCAGCCAUGAAGCGGUCGUCGGGGUGAUCUACCAAGCCCACGCACAGAAAGCAAAAUCGGAAAAGGAGGGGCCGGCGCCGGCGCAGGCGCAGGCGGAGGUGCAUUUCCCGCUCGGGGCCGGCAGGUGGACUGCGAGUGCAACGACUGGUGGUGGAUAUCGCUUUCAGGCACGGGACGGGAAUGGGGAGUAUGUGCUAGAGUGGAGGAGGCGGGAGACCGGCAAGCGGGGCAGAAAACGGAGCACGUCGUUUUCUUCGUCGACGACGGAUCCGGCGCCGGGGGGUGACAGUGUAAGAUUUGUCCUGGGGCUUGUGGACGUAAAGACGCAGCGGGGGGCGCGGGUGGCAUCACUUACGAAAAAGGGGUUUGAGGUUGGGUGUUGGGAGCGGCUGCCGCUUGAGGGGCUUCGGGAGUGUGUGGGAUUGGGGCUGGGCUCGUCUACAGAUGAGUCGGAGGAACUGUGGGAGGGGCAGUUCAGGACGGCUGUUUAUACGAUGGUGCUGACGAUGGGGGUUUGGGUUGCGUCGCAAGAGGGGUGGCUGAGUUGA